AUGGCGAACGACGAAUACGACUUUCUCUUCAAGGUCGUCCUGAUCGGAGACUCAGGCGUCGGCAAAUCCAACCUCCUCUCUCGAUUCACCCGCAACGAGUUCAACCUCGAUUCGAAGUCCACGAUCGGUGUCGAGUUCGCUACUAGGAGCAUUCAGGUGGAUAACAAGACCAUCAAGGCGCAGAUCUGGGACACCGCGGGCCAGGAGCGUUACCGUGCGAUUACAUCUGCCUACUAUCGUGGAGCCGUGGGCGCGUUGCUCGUAUACGACAUCUCCAAGCACAACACAUACGAGAAUGUUACCCGGUGGUUGAAAGAGCUGAGAGAUCAUGCGGAUACGAACAUUGUGAUCAUGUUGGUGGGAAACAAGAGCGAUCUGCGUCACCUCCGAGCAGUCCCUACAGAGGAGGCUAAGCAGUUCGCAUCCGAGAACGGCCUCAGCUUCAUCGAGACCUCAGCUCUUGACGCAUCGAACGUUGAGCUUGCCUUCCAGAACGAACUCACCGAGAUCUACCGGAUCGUGAGCUCCAAAGCACUGGACCAGGGUGAACAGACAGCUGGGCCUUCACAAGGAAGCGCGAUUCCACUCUCGAGCAGCACACCACCGGGCGAUGCCACGAAGAAGGGCCAGUGUUGCUAG